AUGGCUUCUGCACCUUCGAAGUCCCUGGCAGGGACAUCUGAAGAGCGCUGCAUCGAGGAUCCGCCGGAGAAAGACCCGAAGGAUUUGGAUAGCCAGAGCCAGACAUCCAUCAGGUUUCCCACGUCCUCGGCCCUGCGCCAGAAUGUCCUAGAACAGCUUCAAAUCGAUGCGCCUCGCCUCAGGCACUUCGCGGCUUGGACCCAGCAGGAGGACCAGGCACCGUCGCUGCAGGUGGAGUUUGCGGUGCAGGUGCCAAAGGCAGAAGUCGCUGACUGGCGCCAGCGCAUGGCGACCUGCUCCUGGCACAUGGCGGCCGGAGGUCCAUGGGCCCAGGCCCCGGUGCAGCAGCAGCCCGCCGCCCUGAUCAAGAGCAAGGGCCGAGCUCCGGGGAUGGACCUUUUGGACUUUGUGGAACGCUGCGGCAACAGCUUGCUGGGCCGGCGCAACACUGAGGACGCGGAGGAGGCGGAGCUCAACGCUUUGCAUCUGGAGGUGGCGAGACAACUGCUUCGGAAGAUGACGAGCCGUACUGCUCGAGUUUUGCUCGGCCUGCAGUACUUCUGCAACCUCGUUGCAGCUGCCUCCCUGCCAUUUGCGGGCUACCAGCUGAUGACGAGCUGCGACCAGGGCUUCCCUGGCUAUAUCCACGGUGCCUGGUUGGGGUACAUGUGCCUUACGAACCUCAUGUCCUUGACGCUGCUCCGUUUGCUGGGUGGCAGGCGAGCCGGCGUCUUCUGCUACGCCUUUCGAUGGCGACUGCUCUUCAGGGCCCUUUGCUCCUUCAUCUUGCUCACGGAUACCUAUCAGGAUGCCACGUUCCCGGUGAUUGCGAACAAGUGCAACUUUGAGCUCUGGUUUGUCUCGGCUUGGUUGGUUGGCCUUGGGGUGGGCCUGAUGCAGGUCGUCGUGCAGCUGCUGGUCCUCUUGGCCAUGGCUGUGCAGUACAACCGGGCCACAACCCCCGAGGAGCGGGACCGUCUCCUCGUUCAGGGCGCCUUCACGGCUCUUCGCGGCUCCGACAACUUGGUCCUCGUCUACGCCGUGCGCCCGGCAGUGGAGGAGCGACUUGGUGGUGCGAGCUCCUGGGCCAUGAAGCUAUCGGAAGCACGCAUCGCCUUCCUGCGAUUCAUUUUCGAGGAUGUGGAGCAGAGCGCACUGCAAGCUGUUUUCUUGAUCUUCUACGACGAGGCCGCUUUUGCCGACAAGCUUUGGGUCACGACGUCCAUCGCCACGUCGCUGCUGCUCUCCUUCACGAUCGUGGUGCAGUGCAUCCCAGAAGUUCGCGAUUGGCUCUGGUACAGGGUGUUCUCUGCAUUUCCCGGCUGCCGUUGGAUACCGCUGCUGCGCAUUCCCUGGUUCGUACUGGCAGUGCUCCUUUAUCGCUGCCUUUCGAGCUUUCCCUGGAUAUCUGCGUGCUCCCCUUCUGGUGAUCCCUGCCCGGAUGAACGCCAAUGGUGGGAGUUCUAUUGGGGAUGUGACUCCAAUGGGCUGACGACGCUUCUGGGCCUUGAAGCACGCGAGACAGUGGUCGAGGACACCAUCACCAACUCCGCCAUAGGCGUCAUCAUCAUCCUUUCGACGGUUGCGCUGGCUGCCAUCGUCUGGUGGGUGCGCCGUCAAUGUUUGAGAAUCAGCAAGAGGAAGACACUGGAGAAGUUGGAACGCUACAAUUUCAAUCGUCGGUUUUUGCCCGGUGGAGAUGGAGAGCUCCUCCGACCCCUGGCCGACUCCGACGACGACCUUUGGCUGGACGCAGCGCGUUUCGUGCUGCAGCAGGUGCAGGCACAGACAAAGACCGCCCGCAAAGCCUGGAAGCUGCGAAAGCUGCAGUCCUUGCUACGCAGCAUCGACAGCGGGGCCUACACCUUGGCGCGUGCACACUUGGGUGGCUGGUCUUUGCCGUUCUACCACAGGUAUCUGCACUACCAGAUGCCCAAGCGCCUGGCCUCUUUGGUUGACGCCGCGAAUGGUGCUAACCUGGACCAGGCUACGUUGACGAGUGUCUAUCAGGUCCGGACCAGCGUCAGCCACGCCGUUCGGAUCGCCAGCGUGCGCCAGCACGUGCAGAGACUGCUCUCAAAUCGACACUUCGUGAAUGCGGGUUUGGAGAAGAAGUCCUGGUGGAUUUUGGAGUGUCCGGAAACGCCACCUUUGAGGCUCAUACAUUGGUCCAGGAUUGCUGCUGCUGGACAGCUCCCGAAGUACGGCGCAGAAGCUGGCGCCACCUCUGUUGAGGAGCUCCUGGACGAAGUCGAGGACCGACUGGGAGUCUUGCGCGACGCUGCGGAACGUCAGCUCGUUGUGUUCCUCUUGUCUCACCGCUGGCUGCGGACAGCUGGGUCACAGCGUGGCCACCCUGACUCUGCAGAGAACAUCAAGGCCCGGAAGCUCGUGACCUUUGCGAAGUGGUUUAUGCGGAUGGCGGCUGCCGCGGGUGUACAGUGCGAGGUCGCAUUCUGGAUUGAUUAUUGCUGCUGCGAGCAGGACGACUUCUUCGGAGCCGACUUGGCCAUGGCUGCGUUGCCAUUGUAUAUUGCGGCUUGUACCAAGGUGCUCGUGUGGCGGACCCCGGACUUCGACCGCCGUUGCUGGACCAUGGUCGAGCGGUUGUUGUCCUACUCCUUCUGCCCUGGCGGCCUCACUCCUUACGUCAUCGACGAUUCCCUGGCAGAGCUUCCAGAGCAUGCAGACCUUUUUCCAGUGGAGGUACCCAGGGCGGCUCCGGAAGAGGAGAUUUGGGAGGUCCGU